AAACUAUUCCACUAUAAAUGCUGACUCGUCUUCUCAAGUUGGACAGUGUUAAAGGAAGAGAAGAGAAGAAAACAUGAAGAAUCUACUAUUUAAAAGUGUAUUCCUGCUGGUUGGGUUUGCCCAUGUGUCUGAAGCAUUAUUCUUCGGACCAAUAGCUGUCGGUCUACUUGCAGGAGCACUUGCCCUCAAGGGAAGUUUCCUUCUUGGUGCUAUUAUUGCAGGGAAUAGAAGUCAUGGCAGACAUGGGUAUGCCCGCAGUUAUCAACCAAGCAACCACUAUUACAGUGGAUAUUCAUCACACUACACUCAACCCCAGGGGUACUACUACAGUUCUGAUAAAUACAACCACGGACACCACCACAGAGGGAAGCGUAGUAUCGUGGCAGAAUUCACUCAUGAAGACAUCCGAAGAAUGAAGCGAGAGGUUGAAUCGUUUGAUUUCGACGCCUGGACCCUCGAGAUGACGGCCAAGGACCAGGAUGAUUGUAGUAAAAAAGUUAUCUGUGAACUAUCUGCAAAGUAUGCAUCUAAUAAGAACAGUAUGACCGACAACGAGAUCCUUUUGACUGAAACCUUCAGUAAGAGAGUUGAUAUCAGCAAUGGAGAGGUUCAACUAAACCUGGCUGCACAGAUUGGUAUUGAGAAAGGACAGGGAAGAUGUAAGGAUCUUUAUAAAAGAUGUGGGAAUAGUGUAGAGGAUAUCCUAGCUAUGGUUGAAGUGGAAAUGCAAGAUAUGAAAAUUAUUGAGAAAGAGGUUCAAGGAUUAACGAAAGAGGAAAUCGAGGCUGAUCUGGCUGAAGAGGAGAAGGCACUACAGGCUGUCCUUAAGGAAGCUGGAAUCGACAACGAUAGAGUUUGGGACUAAACUAGGACCAAAAGAAGGACUAGGACUAAACUAGGACCUUGGGAAGGUUUGGGACUUGGAAAAGAAUUCUAAAAAUAAAUUGUAUAAAAAAAUAUAUUUUACAUUGUA